AUGAACCCGCAACCGAGUAGUUCUUCUUCGCAGCAGCAACAGCAGCAGGACUCGGACGGCGUUCUGAACGUGCUUCAGUCCUUCCGCUCGAAGCGCCGAGUUGACUUGCCGCUCCGUGCCAUCACUGCCACACUCUUUGUCGAUGGGAUUGCUUGUCUGAUUGUGGAUGUGACUUGCUUUGCGUUUCUGUGGUGGCGGUGCGGCUGGCAGGCGGCUCAUGCAGUGCUCCAGUCGCGCUUGGCCGAGACGCUCCUGCGCUCCCAAUCCAAGGCGUCGCCCUCUGCUGCUGCUGCCCGCGGCGGAUCGCUGGGUGCAAGCUCAAGCACAGCUGUCACAACGCCAGCUGCAGAAAAGCAGCGCAAGGUCUGGGUAGGUCGUCGAGUGCGCAUUGCUCUGAGGCGUUUCUGA